UAAUGCUCGAAAAAUUUGAGCUUUUCGACGGCAAUUUACCCGUAUACGGUAUACCAUGUUUUCCGGUAGCUAUAUUAUGCUGUCUUUUAUGUUGUAUUUGCAAAAGCCUACCACGGAUUAGUUCUGAAUCUGGGGUAUACCUUGUAAUUGCAUUCAAAUGUGAGUAAUUGAUCAUAACUGGCACCUCUUUUCUUUCAACUCAGCAAGAAACAAACAAAAGAUGUCUGCAAUCUUUACAAGCUUUUGUCCACCACCACCGCCACCAAUCAUCUCUUUCAUGGAAAUGGCCACUUCCAUUUCAGAGCUCCAUCAAGCUCAUGCUUAUAUGCUCAAAACUGGUCUUUUCCAACAACCCUUUGCCGCCAGCCGCCUAAUGACGGCUGCAGCCAGCUCCUCUAUUGACAGCCUCUCGUAUGCCCACACUAUAUUUACCCAAACUCCCCAACCAAACACAUAUAUGUACAACACUCUGAUACGUGGUUAUGCUACUAGUCCUACUCCGAAUGUGGCCCUGUUUUUGUUCCUUAAGUUGCUUUGUGAUGAUCAAGAUUUGCUUCCAGACAAGUACACUUAUACAUUUGUUCUCAAAGCUUGUGCUAGUCUUUGCCGUGUUAAACAUGGGAAACAAAUUCAUGGGUGUGUGAUAAAAAAUGGGCUUUCAUGGGAUGUUUAUAUAUGCAAUACUCUGCUCCAUAUGUAUGCAAAAUGUGGGUGCUUUGAAGCUGCACGCCAUAUGCUUGAUAGAAUGCCUAAUAGGGAUGUUGUUUCGUGGAAUGCUGUGUUGAGUGUUUAUGUAGAAAUGGGGUUAGUGGACUUGGCAUUUGACUUUUUCAGUGAGAUGCCUGUGAAGAAUUUGGAGUCUUGGAAUUUUAUGCUUUCAGGGUAUGCGAAUUCUGGACUUCUUGAUGAGGCAUGGAGGGUUUUUGAUGAAAUGUCGGUGAAAGAUGUUGUUUCUUGGAAUGCGUUGAUCACCGGAUAUGCUAAUUCUGGUAGGUAUAAUGAAGUCUUGGAGCUUUUUGAUGAUAUGCAGAGAGCAAGAGUGAAACCUGAUAAUCAUACACUGGUGACUUUACUGUCUGCUUGUGCUGGUAUUGGAGCUUUGGAACAGGGCAAGUGGGUUCGUGCUUACAUGGAUCGAAAUGGGAUAGAGGCCAAUGGUUUUCUAGCUACUGCUCUUGUGGAUAUGUAUUCCAAAUGUGGGUGUAUUGAGAAGGCUGUUGAAGUGUUUGACAGUGCAUCAAGGAAGGAUGUUAGUACUUGGAAUGCGAUGAUUACAGGUUUCAGCGUCCAUGGUUUUGGAGAACAGGCAUUAAAGGUAUUUUCUGAAAUGGUUGAAAAUGGUUUCAAACCUAAUGACGUUACUUUUGUAAGUCUCUUAUCAGCCUGCAGUCGUGCAGGUUUGUUAUUUGAGAGUCAUGAGAUCUUUGAUAACAUGUUUUCUAUUUAUGGAAUUAAACCUAAAAUUGAGCAUUAUGGUUGUCUGGUGGAUUUACUUGGUCGAUUUGGGUUGUUAAAGGAGGCAGAAGAACUUGUGGAGAAAAUGCCACAGAAAGAUGUGCUUAUUAUUUGGGAAUCUCUUCUGAGUGCUUGCAGAAAUCAUGGUAAUGUCGAGCUGGCAGAACAUAUUGCUGGGAAACUUUUAGAGUUGAAUCCUCAAGACAAUGCCGGUUAUGUUCAGUUGUCAAAUAUUCAUGCCUCCAAGGGACGAUGGAGUGAUGUUGUGGAUAUCAGAAGGAAGAUGAGGGAAAAACUAGUCAGUAAGAAACCCGGUGGCAGUGUGAUUGAAGUUAAUGGAGUUGUUCAUGAAUUUUUAGCUGGUGAAGGAAUGAUUUGAUAGCUGGAAAAGGGUGCAAUUUUGCCAUACAUGUGCUGUUGCUCCAAACGGUUAAUUACAUGUUGUUCCAAGAAGUUCAGAAUAUUGAGGCCUUGGACAGUCUCAGAUGGUGAAUGUAUAAUUAAUUGUAGUACAAGUGGCAAUCUAGUGGGUAUUACAGGUGAAGACAAGUGUGAGGCCUAGUAUUGUGAAGCUUGGUUGAAUUCUCUUAAAAUAGAAAUCAGAUGCAUAAUGCUUUAUGAAGUAUAUCAAAAUGACGAUUCACGUGAAAGGUAAAUGAUAACCAUAAACUGAGAUUUGAAAGAUUGUUUGGCAAGGUCAAGCUUCAUCCAAUGUGUAACCGUUCUUGGGCUACAGUCUACAUCAAUAUCAUAUCUGAAAGGGCAAUACAUUCCUCCAAAUUCUUAGCUUCCAACAUGCAGUCCUCUUCAAUUGUUCCUAGAUUGGAGUUCGAGAAAGAAAAGCUGGGCUGCUUCACAGAAUUUGGGGCUCUUGACUCCCCGAAGUCUUCUCCAGUAUAAGGAAUCCUUUCUGGGUAUACUUCAAAUAUAAUCUUCUCAGCUGAUUUGGUCAUUAUCGCCUCUUCUUCCUUAGAUCCUCUAUCUGCAUUUUUCUCUUUUAACUUCCUUCGCUCUGGUUUUCUUAAUUUGUGAGGUUUUGCAGCUUUUUGUUGUGGUGUUUUCACCUCUAUUUCCUCAGCGAUCUUUUUCCUUCUGAGUGGAUCAUUUUGCAGUGGAAUGCCUGCCUUCUCUUGCAAAACACCUGAGUUUCUUAGGGCAGAGACCAUGUCAUUGAAUUUCCAAGUAACUUCUCUUCCGGCCAUUCCCAUGACUUCUGAUUUAGAAUCUGCAGGGCCUCCAAGUUCGUCAUCCUCUGGAUUGUACCACUCAGAAUUUAGACCAACUGUAUGCUUCUCUGCUUCCUCCCCAAAUGAAAGCCUCCAGUAAGAGUCAUCAUCUCGAUUAUAGAACCGACCCUCUCCACAGCGAACAAAUGAUAAAGAACUUGGGGAUGACAAUUCUAGUUGCCUUCCCUCCUUUGCUUUCGCUGAUAUGGGGUCAUCAGACCUGCCCUUCUUUUGCUUAAACUUUGAGAGCCAAGAAAUUGGGAAGACAUGGGUGAUUAAAGAAGAAUGGGAUGAAGUAAAUGAAGUAUUCUUUCUUCCCAACUUCAUCAUUUGCUUGAGAGUGUUUCCUUCCUUUGCAGUUAUGCCUUGAAUUUGAUGUAGUUUCAAGUUGUGGAAUGGAAAGAGUGAUGAAACUCAAGGCGGAAUAGAUAGAUAUAGAGCAGUUGAAAGCAGUUAGCAUGGCAUUGGGGAAGUGGGUCUGUGACCAUUUACUUCAAAAGAAAAGCCCGCCUGAUUCUUGUGACCACUCGCCCACUUUUUCCUACUUUCUAGUUUGUACUUUGCUUUGUAGAAUGGCUGUUCUAUCUCCAGGAGACCAAUGAUCUAUGUGGUCCUUUUAAC